AUGGUGGACAUGGUUGUUCUCCGCGAGACCAGCUUCCGCGAACAGAGCCAACUGGAGAAGGUGGGUGCCAGCUACACCUUCUUCUGGAGCGACAUCCCAAAGACAGAUCGAUCCGACGCUGGCAUCGAUUUUGUCAUACGAAACAAUAUCGUAGGACGACCGUCCUGUCUGUCGCAGGACGUCAACGACUGCCUCAUACCUCUCUGUCUUGACAUCGAGCCCAGGCGGGUGAGGGAGGAUAGUGUGUGGCAUAUGUUGCGCAGGUCUACGAUCAGCAUCAACUGAUUCCUGAGUAAGUCGCGUGUGGGGCACGCGAAGACGGAACGGGGCGCCGGACACCGUCCCCAAGUUUCUCGACCCGGUAAUUCUGUCCCCAUUCCGUCCUCCUCUUCUCCCCUCGCAGUUUAAUAGUUCUACUGAGAGUGCUACAUGAAAUCCCGCAGGCGACCGAGGCUUAGUCGGGUCGUUCUCCACGAAGUCAAAUCAUGGCCCAUAUUGAGGCUCAGCAGACGUCCGGGAUAUCCAAACGGCCCUGCUUAGGAUAGCACCGCUUAAUACCUCAUGUGAAAGGGACUUGAAAGGAUGCCUUAAACAAAUGAUGGGGUCACGUCCGCUGAACAUUGACCGUGUCUCGCGGACGUACAAAUCACGGUUAAAACAGUCAACAAAUAACUACCCCGCAGGCUGUUAGAGGGAUUCCGUUCACUUGGAGGCCCCGGGGUUGCUCGUUCUCAUUUGAAAAAAAUCUGAAGAGCGGCCGGCUGGACCAGAGAGCAGCGCCACUGACUUGAAAACUAGCGAGCUACAUGGUGGACAUGGUUGUUCUCCGCGAGACCAGCUUCCGUGAACAGAGCCAACAGGAGAAGGUGGGUGCCAGCUACACCUUCUUCUGGAGCCACAUCCCAAGGACAGAUCGACCUGACGCUGGCGUCGUUUUUUCAUACGAAGCAGCAUCGUAGGGCGACAGUCCUGUCUGUCGCAGGACGUCAUUGACAUAGCUCUGCGCCUGUCGCUUCGGGAAACCAAAUUCACCCCCGUCGCCAGUAUAUGCGCCCCCCCCCCCCCACCGUCGCCGACUCACCAGCCCCGACGAGGCCGGAAACAUAUUCUACGCGGACCUGCACGCCCCACUGACGACUUUACCGAAUAUGGGCAAGUUGAAUGCCCUUGAUAACUUCAACGUCUGCGUCUGAACAGGCUACGCUGCUCGGCGAGGAGUGCUGGGUCCCAUGGUCUCGGUUGCAAAGCUGUACAGAACACAGCCCUCUCCUAAUCAACACAUUUUUCCGUCUUCCAGCGCUGUAGACGGCAACUCGAAUGCACCUUCGAGCGUGGCGCUAGCGGCUGCUGAACUACGCCGUAAUUUGGAGACGAAGGCUGCCAAAUGACACUUCAAAGUAGACCACUCACUCAAUUCACCUGUGUGUUUGUGUCAAAUGAUCGGCUGGUAGACUGAGUCAGGCUGUGAUGGAUCCUUCUUAAUGGCUCUCUCUCGCACACAUGCGAGGUGCGAACCGAUUCCCCCUCGGUGUGCGUUUGGGGACCCGGUCAUGAGUGUGGCGCGCGCAGAUGGGCUCUCUAACUUGGUCAGCCACCGCAGCCACUUCCCACAUUAGACAACGGACCGACUCAGAUAGUGGACUGGUGCCUGGAAUUAGGAUGAGAGAUCGCAGUCUCUGCGCAUAUUCCUCACUGUUGACGCGUUUAAAUCUAUCACAGUACGCUAAAAGCUAUGGCUUAGAAGGCUAUCAACUGACGGGAUAACUCGAGUCAGCCCAGUGUGUGCGGGUGUGGAGUGACCGACUGGUGGUCUGAGUCAGACUGCGAUUGAUCUUCUUAGUGUGGCCUCUAUGGCACUCCCACUCAGUGGGAUCCGAGUCGGUGUGUUGACGUGCACUUAGGUGCGGCUUUUCGCCCCGCCAGUCACCUGCGUCCUCACCGGCCUCCGGUUUCCUUGACUCUGUCCUGACAGCGAAGUCAGGUUGGGAGGAGAGAGUGUGGUAGAUGCUUCACAAGCCCGCCAUCACUUUUAAAUAACCCACGCGCGGGUCACCGUCCCUGUUCUCACCAUGCUGUAGAGCACACUGUGGACAUCACCGGCACGACGGUCGAACUGUUAAAUGUGUAGACGUUUAUUCCUAAUCUGCGCAUUUCUUGCCAACUAUAUCACAACAACCACCUCGAAAGCCUGCUCGGACAUUCUUAGGUUUUGACGUUUCACGCAAAGAUGAUUAGUCUUUCACAUUCCACAAUACGUAAAAGUGCGUAUCAACAUUUCAUCGGGAGGAAAAAAUAAUUCCGGCAGACAAGAGGUUGUCAGUGGAUUUGGCCACCAGCGUGGUAAUUACUCGAUUUUUUUUAUUUUCUUAGUGACUUUCCCUCACGUAGUGUUAACAGGUGCACUCACCUACUCCGUGAAGACAAAUUUGAUGGGCUGAACAUGGAAGGUGAGAAGGGGAUUCAAUCGUUGGAAAAGCAGCUAUUUCUUUCCACGUGUGAUGUUUCGUAUUCCCAAGCCAACUCAUAAUCAAAGAGUGCCACAGACAAGGGUGAAGGAAACACAGGCGUGCUGUAUUCAUAGGAAACUGUCACGCAAGCACACAUCAGCAGCUCUCGAAUUCAUCGAUGAUGACUGCCUGUCCGGUCCCAUUCUAGUAGUUGAUAACCGUAAUAUUAUCGCUGAAUUUGGCUAGUAGUAGUUUGAAUCUGGACGCUUGCUGCAACGCUGCGCCCCUCACGAGUGCCUGCACAUGUGUACCAGUGGCAGUACUGCCACCCCUGAGAUUUCGGUGUUUGAUUUUCGAUAUACUGGAAGACCACCGCUGGCCAACUGAAUUUCCAUAUCGCAAGCUGAGUCAACUACAUUCUUACUUAUAAGUCUACGUUGUUGUUUUUCCAUGCGGACGUGCACACACCCGCUACCCAUUGGGGCAACCUGUAGAUCACAGGCCGCUUCCAAGAGUGUUCUUGGGUAGUUGGGGCAAAAUUGGCUUACAAACAGCCAACAGGGUUCGUAUGGGGGCGUGCGCAACCUUGAACUCCAGCACCCAUUCACGUAAUCGUUUGACGUAUAAGUCGCCCAAUGCAGCGGUUACGAUCCCCCGGUUUUCUGCGUCUGCAGGCGCUCCUGUAUUAGUCCUCAGGACAACACUUACGGCCGACGAAGUGUUCCUGUCCUUCUGCAUAGGCGCUAAGAGUUCUGAGUCGCCACAUAACGUGCUUACAGAGCGACUUUGCGACUUGCGUCUGAGUUUAACAGCCUCCACAAUUUCCCGGAAAGCCUCGUCUCCAUACCUCUUAAUACGACGUAAUCGUGUUCUCUGGGAUUCCUGCCUAAACAUGGUAAACAUAGGAACAGCAAACAAUAGGUAUAAAUUAAUAAUGACAGGGAAGUGCAAGGAGUGUCACGUCAUGCGUUCCACGCCGCUCACGCGAAAUAAUGGCGCUCCCGCGUGUUCGCGCAAUCGAAAUGCGACUAAAGAACGGCAACCAAUGAAAUGGCAUAUUGCAUAAACGAGGUAGCCAAUUACGUGACAGACAUACAUAUCUCGAUAAAUCGCUAUUCACUCGAUAUCUAUUGCUACUAGGGGUCUGGUUCUCGGCCAAUCAUCAUCAAGGUGAACCCAGACAGGCUCUCGCUCAGUGCGUUUUGGCACAUUCCCAUUGUUACUCGGGACGUCGCUAUAACGACGGCGACGUGUCCUCGGCCGGCAGCUCACAUAUUUCAACCGAUUCCCUAACCGUUCUGCGCAGAAUACAGUAAGGUCUCAACCGAGGUCCAACACCGUAUUCUAUUCCGAACCGGACCUGAAGAUCGCGAACUCUCUCCCCACUUCCAGGCACCAGCCCACUGUCUGAGCCGGUCAGUUGUCGAAUGCGGGAAGUGGAUGCGACGGCUGACGGAGACAGAGAGCCCGUCUGCGCGCACCGUACGCGUGACCUGGUCACACGGGUCACCUCACGACAUACAAGUAACAUUCUCGUCCCCGCGAUCGAUCCUCAUUUUCUUAACUCAUACCCCGGAACUCGCCUUUUCGUUUCUAUCGGCAGUGAAGGAAAGCAGACACUACGCCUGAUGACCUGCGUGAGGGGGGAUCAUCACUGAGGCAGCUGGUGUUCUGCGCUUGUCACAUCUCGCUAGUUCGUCCUUACUAAACGUGAAGAUGUGGCCGGUACGGCGGUGAGAUGCACUUGGUACCAGACUUUGUCAUAAGGUUUAGUUUUAAGAUUAAGGCAUGUUAUUGGUUUUAGCUUCCAGUCGAAAUUUUCGAAAGUUUAUUUGGCUAGAUCGCAGUUGGUAGCCAGACCCCGUAUUACAGGUGGCUGGGGGUUUGCUUACUGGGGCUUUUUUGUGAGGCUACAUAAGCACAUCUGAUCCAUUUGGCUUCCGUUAUACGUUCGAGGUUAGGAUUAGGGGACGGGUUAAUGGUGUCCGAUUUUCGGGUUAAGGUUAUGCCCUUUAGACUUAAGUUUUCGGGUUACGGAUAGAGUUUAAGUCUACGAUUAAGUUUGAGUAUUACGGUUUGGUUUUACAGUUAGGGCUAUGUCUAAGGGCUACGGUUAAGUUUACGAUUUCGGUUAGGGUUAGGGUUAAGGUUGCCGUUUGGGGUAAGGGGUAACGUUUAAGGUUAAGGUUAGAGUUAAGGUCAAGGUUAGAAUUGGGGUUAGGGUCGCCGCCCGCUUCCGCAUUCCUGGCUACCAACUGCGAUCUAACCGUUUAUUUUUGAACAAGAUUAGAGACCUGGACGAAGACAGAUGUAUCUAACUGAACGAACAAUUAUUGCGCAAGUUACCAGUGAUGGUGAAGAAUGCGGGAACUCCAAACUGGGAUGCAGUCAUUGUAUUUCCACGAUCUGUCAACCACUUGUCUCCAAUUCCCUCAUCAAAUGACUGACGUGGAGAGGACGGAGAGUCAGGAUGCAAUGACUCAGUCGAGAUCGGAGCCGCCCCUAUGUUUAUGCGAAAUUCCGGCACACCUUGCACGGAGCGGGUGGGUGGCACAUGAAGACGGGGUGGUUAGUCUCGUCAGACACUGCGCCGGAUCCUGUCCCCGGGUUUCUCGACUCUGUCUUGACAUCGAGACCAGGCGGGUAGGGGGGAGGGGAGAGAGUGGAGCUUAUGUUGCGCAGGUCUACGAUCAGUAUGAAUCAAUUCCCGAACAAGUCGCGUGUGGGGCACGCAAAGACGGGACGAGACGCCGGGUUCCGCCCCUCGGUUACUUGACUCUGUCUUGACAUCUGAACCGGGAGUAGAGAGUGUCACAUACGCUAUGCAAGUCCGUCACUUUGCGGGACACACGGCGGACAUCGUCGGUCGGAUUGUCACCUUUACCUGCUGUUGUUCCUGGUGAAAGGUUCGUGCAUGAAUCUGCAACAUCAGACAAAUUAAUUUCUUGCCCAGACGAUCGAGGCCCCUUCUUCGCAAGCAUUUCUUAGAAAGUGCCCUUCCGUACUUCCUGCAGGAAACACCUAUGUUGUAGCUUCGUGUCGGGCAAAUCACUGUGCCUAAUCGGUAUCAUCAGCGGUUCACGAUGAAGUUGAAAAGAACGUAAUUCAGACGUAGUGUAGGUUCUCUCCGUCACAAUCCAAAUCACACACAUGUCAUCCUAGUUAAUAAAUCAUUUAAAACGCCAACUUCCUCCAACUUGAAGUUAAGAGAAGAGGUUGAGAUUGAAUUCCAUAGGCGGCCCCGGCUUACUCCGGUCACCGUCUAACUACAUCAAGUUUCUAGCCAUAUGAAAAGGUUGAAGCCCGACUUCUAAGCGGCCCAAUUUAUGGGAAAAUAAUUAGAGAAGGAAGCCUAGAAAUGCCGGUUCAUGUGGUCAGUACAGCUGGCCAUGGCUGCUAGGCAUGACACGUGUAGGCAUGACGCAAACUACAAACACCCCGCCCCCUCUUUUGCGAGAGUGACUUCGUUCAUUCUGACGGACAUUGCCGUCCUCAACAAGGUCCAGUCCCGAGAACAAGCACACCUGAAUGAAAUAGGGGCAGAACACCGUUUUUUCUGGAGCGGCCGUCCAGAUAGAGGCGUUAAGUUAGAUUCGUGCUGGAAAUCGUAAGCGUCAGCACGUCGCCGGAUGGUGGGCAAAGACAUUGUCCUCAGCGACUUCAAUGUCCACGUAUGCCGGGUCCCACCACUUGGGAAGCAACGUUUGGUCUCUAUUUAGUAGGUCAGUGUAAUAUCAGUAAAUGCCCUCUACAGAACAUGACAUCUGCCUGAGCAACACGUCCAAGUGCGCGAAAACCAUGAGGAUGCGCCAUCUUUCGCGUCACUGACGUCUUCCGGACGAUAGGCUCUUGACGGGACUCGUUCGCCGUCACCAGCUAACGAUAUGCCCAGAGAACAACUUGGAGCAAACGCAGGCCCUGGAGGAUGAGGCCGUUGGAAACAACAGACGUCGCUCAAAAGUGCUUGGAUCUGCAAAGCGAAGAACAAGGAGGGCAAGUGAACUCUGAUAGGACGACUCUGUCGACAGAGAAAGAGUGGUUUCCAGUACGCUGACACAGAGCCUUAUGCGGGGAAGUCAUUCAUUUUAAGCGGGAACCAACGCUAAAGUUAGUCCGUCCACCCUCUGGAAGACGACCGCGCCAGCACUAAUGUGCGGUAGGCGUUCUGGAUGUUGACUCAACUAUGACAGAAACUUACAUGCCUGAUAGCUAUCAACCCAAAAGCCAGUUGGUCUUACUGUUUCAUGCACGCAAGCGAGGAUAGAUCUCACAGAAAUUGUAGGACAUCACUAUUGUGCAUCCCACCAGGCGCUUUGUCUGAGUUAUCCGAAUUUACGUCUGAAAUAAGGGCCCCUUUAAGGGGCCUAUCGUAGAUUCUGGGAACAAUACCAGCCCCCAAUAGAAGCGAAAAGACGAGUCCCAGGAAGCAGUCUUGAAGUAGAAGACACGAUCGCCGGGACAAGAGCUUUAUUAGCCUGACGUUUCGGAUUCCUGCUCGAAUCCAUCAUCAGAGACAUAAGCAGAUAAGGGUGAUUCAUGCACAUGUGGCUGCAGUAUUUAUAGGAUGCCGUAGCCAUGCCACCGCAUACCUAUGAAUGUUCACGGCUCCCUCCCCUUCAUCAGGGAUCGUUGCACGCGGCGUGAUGGUCGAUAUUCGAGUCGUUAAUUGCUGCAAUUUCAUCACGUGCGUUGGAUGUUGGUGUGAUGAUUGCUCGACCAUCUGACGCGCUGACCCGGGUGUUGGGAAGAGUGUUCAUCAGGGCGCUCCCCGCGUAGCCAAUUUCUCCGCCUAGACGAAGUCUCAGCACGCUGUAUUGAAUGGGAAGAUCAUUGCACUUGUUAAUAGACUGGGGGCCAGUGAACCAUGACUCAAGCAGCUCCCGGCUCACGCGGUUGUCACCUCUUGCGAGAAUUUCGGCCUCGUCAAAUUUGAAUGUGUGGCCGGAACCCGUCGAAUGAGCCGCAACUUGGGAGCUGGCGUCAUUUCUCCGCACUGCUGCAGCGUGUUCGGCCAUUCGCGUUCGGAGCUGUCUUCCGGUUUCUCCGACGUAGUUGCUUUGUCCGCAACUGCACCAGAUCCGAUAAACGACUCCAGACGUUUCUUGCCGUGGCAGUGGGUCUUUUGGUUUCAUCAAUUGACGCCUGAUGGUUGUCUCUGGCCUGUGUGCAACUCCAACCCCCAGCGGUGCGAGAAGGCGGCCAACAGCUUCCGAAACGUUCUUGACAUAUGGAAGCGCUCGCCAAACUUUGGUGUCCCUGCGGUUAGGCCGUUCGUCCAUUUUGUGUAUGCACCGGUUGACAAAGUUGCUCGGGUAGCCAUUGGCUUUGAAGACCCGUCGGAGGUAUUGUAGUUCAGCAAUUUUUGUCUUCCGGCUCACUGCAGUGCGUUUCGACACGCCGAUAGAGCAUCCUUACACAACUGCGUUUGUGGCUGAUUGGGUGGUUACUGUUGAAGUUCAGUACUUGCAUCGUAUUUGCCGCUUUCCUGAACACUUUGGUCUUUAGUCCACCACAAUCCUUGCGGCAUACGAGGACAUCCAGGAAGGCCAGCUGGUUGUUCUCUUCCUCCUCCAUCGUAAAUUGUAUGUCCGGGAAGACCGCAUUCAGACGUUCCUUGAAUGUCAGCAGUUGAUCCCGGUCGAUAACGACGAAGGUAUCAUCCACAUACCGGGCCCAGAACGUCGGUUUGUGGUGUUGGAAGACCAGCGACUCUAA